AUGAACAACUACCUACAAGAUGUCUCUUCUGUGUCAACAUCUCCACCCACACGCUCAAGGAGGAAGAAACUACGCGCCCUGAUUGGUCAGAACUGGAAGUUAUGUAAGACUUUCUCCCAUAGCGGUCGCAGGGUGAAACAGGAACAGUACGGCCACGGCCAUCCCCGCCCAUCCAUAGGAGAGAUAAUCUCAAACCAAUGUGUGCUCAGCCUUCCCGAGGGCCUGACUCUUCACAAGGAGCAGCAACAGCAGAGAGCGGCGAAGUGCGGGGAGGGAAACUCCUUCAGUCAAUCCGAGCUGCGCUCCAUCGAACAAUGCUUACUGGCCACAAGGGUGGGCAGCAUCUCUGAACUCAGCGACCUGGUAUCCAGAGCCAUGCACCACCUUCAGCCGCUGUACAUGAAGAAUCACAGCAACGGGACGCCGCUUCACCACAAGAGCUGCAUGAUUCACUGGGCACCCGAAGCCAUCUACACACUGUGCUACUUUAUGCACUGCCCUCACAUGGAGUGGGAAAACCCCAAUGUUGAGCCGUCAAAGGUUACCUUACAAAUAGAGAGGCCGUUCAUGGUGCUGCCCCCUCUCAUGGAGUGGGUGCGAGUGGCCGUGGUCCACACUGAGCACAGGCGGAGCCUCUCGGUGGACAGCGACGAUGUUCGGCAGGCCGCCAGGCUGCUUCUGCCCGGAGUGGACUGUGAGCCACGUCAGCUCCGAACGGAUGAUUGCUUCUGUGCCUCAAGGAAACUAGAUGCUGCCUCUGCUGAGGCAAAGUUCCUGCAGGACUUGGGCUUCCGUAUGCUCAGCUGUGGACGCACAGACCUGGUAAAGCAGGCCGUCAACCUGCUCGGGCCAGAUGGAAUCAACAGCAUGAAUGAGCAGGGGAUGACCCCGCUGAUGUACGCUUGCGUUCGUGGAGACGAGGCCAUGGUGCAGAUGCUGCUGGAUGCAGGUGCUGACAUUAACAGUGAGGUGCCAAACACAGUGCACAAGCACCCCUCAGUCUUUCCCGAAACACGGCAGGCGACGUCCCUCACUUUCGCUGUGUUACAUGGACAUGUGCCUGUGGUGCAGCUACUGCUGGAUGCCAAAGCUAACGUGGAGGGCUCCCUGCAGGACGGGAUGGAGAACUACACAGAGACCCCGCUGCAGCUGGCAGCCGCUGCAGGCAACUUUGAGUUGGUGAGCUUGCUGCUGGAGCGCGGUGCCGACCCCAUGGUGGGAACCAUGUACCGUAACGGGAUUUCUACUGCGCCGCAGGGAGACAUGAACUCCUACAGCCUGGCUGCAGCUCACGGGCACAGAAAUGUGUUUCGUGGGUUGUUAUCUCACACGGACAAAGGAAAAGGUGAUGUAUUGUCCUUGGAAGAGAUUCUGGCUGAAGGUUCAGAGCUAGAAAGCAGAAGUUCAUCUCAGGUUGACCUCAUCCGAAGUGGAAAGGCCAAACUUAAAGCUCUAAAAGAAGCCAUGUACCACAGUGCCGAGCAUGGGCACGUCGACAUCACCAUAGACAUUCGGAGCCUUGGCGUCCCGUGGACAUUACACACUUGGGUCGAGUCUCUGCGUACAUGUUUCCAGCAGCACCGCCGACCUCUGAUCCAGGGUCUUCUGAAAGAGUUCAGCUGCAUUGAGGAAGAGGAGUACACAGAGGAGCUCAUCACACAUGGCCUGCCUCUGAUGUUUCAGAUCCUCAGAGCCAGCAAGAAUGAAGUGAUUAGCCAGCAGCUGUCUGCAAUCUUCACUCAGUGCUAUGGUCCUUAUCCCAUCCCCAAACUGACAGAGAUCAAGAGGAAACAGACAUCACGACUGGAUCCUCACUUCCUGAACAAUAAGGAGAUGUCUGACGUGACCUUUUUGGUUGAGGGGAAGCCCUUUUAUGCCCACAAAGUUCUGCUCUUCACAGCAUCCAACAGAUUUAAAACUCUUCUAGCAAACAGACCUUGUGGCGAAAAUACUUGCAUUGAAAUCAGCAACGUCAAAUAUCAUAUCUUCCAGCUGGUAAUGCAGUAUCUAUACUUUGGAGGAACAGACGCUCUGCACAUGAGGAGCACAGAUAUUAUGGAGCUGUUGUCUGCAGCCAAGUUCUUCCAGCUGGAAGCUCUACAGAGGCACUGUGAGAUUAUCUGCUCCAAGAACAUUAACACUGAAACCUGUGUUGAGAUCUACAAUCACACAAAGUUUCUUGAUGCUCCAGAGUUGGCGUCCUACAUAGAAGGCUUCUUCCUGAAGAACAUGGUCAUGCUGAUUGAGCUGGAGCCGUUCAAACAGCUGCUUUAUGACACUCCUCCUGAAAGCCCCGGCAGCGACAUCCUGCAGGCCUUGGAGAAAACCCUAGCCAUCCGCAUCCAGUCCAUCCACUUGUCUUCCUCCAAAGGAUCGAUUGUCUGAACUCUUGUAUAGGGAUUUUUUUUUUUUUCAAAAUUUAAGAGCAAAUAUUUUAAUUUAAAGUAGCAUUCUUUAUUUUUAGCCUAAAAUGUAAUGCUCACCCUCAAAACCCGACACAGAACAAAACAUCUUUUUGUGCUCACGCUGAAUAUAUUUUUGCACAAAUAUUGUUUCCUCCUGCGUCCGUGCUUCUCCUCAAGGUCAAAUUUUCCCUCUGCACAGAUUAAACCUGCAUGCUCAAGUCUUUUCUCUUUGCUAUUGAAUUGACUUGAGGCACAAAGCAGGGACUCUAUAAAGUGAUCCAGCACUAUCUAACAAAUGAAGUGCAUUCCAUAGUAAAAAAAAUCAUUUGCACCUCAAAGGUGAUAGUUACACAUUCUUUCCAUUGGCUGGAAAUGUUAAUACACAAGCAAAGAGGAAAGAUUUGAGUACAGACUUUAGAUACAUGCAGGGAGAAAGUUUGAACGUGAGCACUGGGAAGCAAAAUGGAGGAGGGAAAAUCUGGAUACGACUGCAGAAAUGUAGUAUGGCUGAGCAAAGUGUAUUUGCAAGCGAGCGCUAGCUUUUGAGUUUGAGAAAUGAAUUUUGGGGGCAAGCGUUGCAUCAGACUGAUCAUAAGGAAUUAUACUCUUACAUUUAAAAUACAUGCUCUUAUUUUGGAAGAACUUCUUUUCAAGACCUCCUGAUUUUUUUUUUUUACCCAAAAGCAGGGAUUAUUGAUAACAAAAUGAUCACAGACACAAAAUAAAGCAUCUCUGUGAAGGAUCAUUUCCUGUUGAAAAGGAAAUCUGGAAAUCACAGACCUACUGUGCUGUAAUCUUUCUUCUUCAUUACUUGCUAACAUGCUUCUUGUUAUCUUGGCACAGAUGGUAAAAAAUAAACAAUCUGUUGUCAUUGUUAUGUCUACUAACACCACAGUCAUGUUAUGUAGUAAACCUUCACUUGCCAAUAGCAAAUCAAACACACUUAUGGCUCAGUAAGCAAUUUCUACAUAAUGUGAUAAGCCAUCAGAAUAUCCCUGAAUAUGAGGAAGAUUCACUGCCUCAUUUUGUGAUUGUUUGCUGAAUUAUUACAACCUGUACAAAGAGGAUCGUUUGUAUAUUUGUGAGUCAGAUCUGUGCAGGUUACUCUGUAAAGCCAAACAAAUCUAUUUAAAGACAAAAACCAAUGAAAAGACUGAAGACACGGAACUUAUGAAAGAGGGAAUUUUAUUUCCUCAACAGCUUUGUAAAUUUUGUUGAUAAAACAGAGAUAUUGAUAAUGUAAGUUAAUGUAUAUAGUCACAGAUUUUUUUCUCAUGUGUCUUUACUGUUCUAUAUUGCUGUAAAAAAAAGAAAUUUGUUCAUCAUAUAAAGAUUAAUGUUUAAGUGUUGCAUGUUGGAACCUAAGGAGCUGCUUUCACAUUUGGGAAUUGUCUUCUGUUAUUAGCGUGGGUCACUAUUAAUGUGUCACAGUGAAAAAAUGUCUUUGUUUUGUUCUGAGAGGCUGCAGGGAUGUUUAUUUGAACAUUAUGCUACAGGCGUUUUUUUUUUUUUUCCUUCCUCCCAGAGAAUUUGCUUUUAACUUUAUCUGGUGUGGGCCCUUAUCUUUAAUUCUGUUUGAAGAGCAGUUUUGAGGGCAGCCCUGUUGUUUUCUUGUUCUCUGCAGCAAAAGGUCAGAUCUCAGCUGGGGGUAGGUUUAAUGUGAGAUCCAGCAGUGCUCAUGGCAGUAGGGUCCAAAUAGCCUGAAAUCUGUGAUAAAAAUAAAGAUAUAAAACACUAAA